AUGUUGAAGGCAAUGCGUUACGCUUUAUUCCGUGAAAGUUCUCGAAGUGGUGGGCCAUUGAUCGGUACUAAUCUAACAGCUCUUCAUGGUUUCGUCAGUCUGCUUGCCGACCACUUCCCCGUCACAACCACCUAUGGCAAUAGUGAAGCGGCUGGUAAUCCGUUUGCGAUUAACUCAGACUGGGAUCACUGCCGUGGAUCAAGCGGCCAAUUCCGUGGAAGCUUGGGUCUAUGGUUUGGCCCUACAUCUGCACUCACCGUUUCUGGCUUAGCAAAGCAAGCUGAAAGCACUCCGCUUGAGCCAUUGCAAGCGAUUCGUGCAUGGGUGACUUCAUUCUUUGGCUGCUUACAUUGUCGUGACCACUUCCACAAAAUGACCACGUCUUCAUUCCCGAUCGAAGCUCAGGUUCACAAGCCGGAAGAUGUAUUUUUGUACUUAUGGAAAGCUCACAACAUAGUAAAUGCUCGACUACAAGGACGUGACACUGAAGAUCCUCAAUUUCCGAAAGUACAAUUCCCAGGUUCAUUCCUUUGCCCAAAUUGCACGACGAACGGUUCAUUCAACGAGAAGCAAACAAAAGAUUUCCUUAUUAGUUACUAUUCACAAGUCAAACCAUACCAGUCACCUAGAUUUCUACUGAGGUAA